AUGCCUGCUGAGCCUGCCGCCGCGCAUGCGGCCGAGAAGCCGCCGCUCACGUCGGACUACCUCGACUGCGCUCAGCUCCGCUUCUCCCUCGGCUGCACCACCGUGGCCGACAAAGCGCCGCUCAAGGCGCAGCUGCUGAAGCAGAUCGAGGAGAAGGAGAUGGCGCCCUUCUACCGCGCCACCUGCGAGGCGCUCGGCUGGGAGGCGACCGCACCGCUCGCGCAGCGGCGGAGGAGGAGCCUUGCGGAUGCCGCUCUGCUCGCGAAGCUGGAGGCGGCCAACGCGACGGAGCUGGCGCGGCUGAGCGACGCGAUCAAGACGGCCGAGGAGAGCGGGGGGAGCGCGGGGUGUGUGGAGCGGCGCCUAGAGAGCGAGGGGGAGUCGGAGAUUUGCAGCGCGAUGCUGGCAAAGGCGGAGCUCCUGGUGCGGACCGGGAGGGCGGAGUUCCUGAUGCGGAUCGGGGAGCGGGCUAAGGCGCUCGCGGCGCUGGAGGAGACGUACGCCAAGACGGUCGGCUCUCGGAGCAGCGGCCGCUCUGCAAUGCUCGCCCUCUUCUUCGACGACAAGAAGCUGACCGCGGACACCAUCGACGCUGCCAAGGGCCUGCUCGACCAAGGCGGGGACUGGGAGCGGAGGAGCCGCCUCGAGGUCGCGACCUUCACCGCGACGGAGCUGAUCUCGUACAACACGUUCGUGCUGUACACCGUCACCACGUCGCUGCUCUCGCUGCCGCGCGCCGACCUCAAGAGCAAGGUCAUCGACGCGCCCGAGAUCCUGCAAGCGCUCGUCGGGAUCGUCGACUCGCUCUACGCCGACCGGUACAUGCACGCGCACACGCGCUUCUACUGGAGGGAGCUGCGGGUGCUCGCGUACAACCAGUUCCUCGAGUCGUACCGCUCCGUGAAUCUGGUCGUCUCGUCGACGCGGCCCGACAAGCAGUCGGCCCAGUUCCACUCGGCGAUCAAGCAAGGCGAGAUCUGCACGAGAGUGCUGCGAGAUUGUUGCGAGAUUGUGCCCGGCUCCGAGAUCAAGCAAUGCGAGAUCUACGCCGCGAGAGCCGCUCGAGAGGGCGACCUGCUCCUCAACCGGCUGCAGAAGCUGUCGCGCGUCAUCAACGUCUGACGACGGAGCAAGGCACGCAGCGACGCACAGUCCGCCGGGCUCGCCUCCGUGAGCUCCGCAGCACCGGCGCGCCCCCUUCCGCGCUUUGAGCUUCCGGUCCCGCUCCGUCUCUCUUGAACGCUGUUCUGCUGUUCUCGCCAACUGCCAGUUCCUUCCGAACAGUUCUCUGACGUGCAAUGACACGCACCCUACCUGACUCGAAUCGCCCGGUGCGCCGGUGCGUUUGUUGCUGGGCUGUCACACCCCGUUCCGCUUGGAGAACACAAUGCCCAGCGUCCUGACCGGAGUCCGAGAGCCAUGUUAUGUACGGCUUUAAAGGGUGUGG